AUGUGCAGCCGGAACCACCAACUGAAGGAAUGCGACGAAUUCAAAGCGCUCACCCUUGAAGGACGCAGGCGAGUCGUGGAGCAAGAAAGACUAUGCCGCAAUUGCCUGAAUUUCCACGGCCACCGACCUUGUCGUUUGAGUGGAUAUUGCAAUGUUAAUGGUUGUACAGUCCGCCACCACCCUCUUCUCCAUUCCAUCGGGGGUCAGCAGAUGCAGAAUAAUGCAGGCGAAUCUUCAGUACGUUCAAACGAUCAUCAGUCCAACUCCAAUGGUCGUGGACCAUCCGCUUUCGAACCCAGUCCGCCCGCCGACAUCCACGUGCAUCGAAGUUUUCCUCAAGUUUGCCUGCUUCGCUUUGUGCCGGUCACAUUACACGGUAAGGGAAAUCUGAAAAUUGACACUUUCGCUUUCCUGGAUGAUGGUUCAUCACUCACGCUUAUCGAAGAAAAACUGGUUGAUGAACUCGGUUUGCAAGGACAACCACGAACACUCUGUUUGAAAUGGACGGGCAAUAAGACGAGAACGGAACAUGGCUCCAAGGUGAUUGAGCUUCAGAUAUCCGGAACCGAUCAACGGCAUCAUAAACUACAAGAUACUCGCACAGUCAAAGAAUUAGCUCUUACCCCACAAACACUAGACUUUGGUACAUUGUCGGCUUCAUUUCGGCAUCUACGAGGACUUCCGAUAGCGAGCUACAGGAAUGCAAUUCCUCGUGUUUUGAUAGGGGUUAACAACCUUCAUUUGACCGUUCCGCUUCGUACAAAAGAAGGUCAGCCGCAAGACCCAAUAGCUACUAAAACAAGGUUGGGAUGGUGUGUCUACGGAGGAACAGGAUAUCAAGAUACAUCUUUGUACGUGCACCGUUGUAGUUGCUCUGGUGAUGAUGCAUUGCACACUGCUGUUCGGAACUAUUUUGCUUUAGAAGACGUGGGGAUAACCGGGACAGCCAUUCUAGAAUCUGAGAACGAUAAACGGGCCAAGAGAAUCCUUGAAGAGCACACAAGUCGCCAAGGUGAUAGAUUCCAAACUGCCUUACUUUGGAAGUCCGAUUAUUAUGAGUUUCCUGACAGCCGUUUUAUGGCUGAAAAACGUUUCGAGUGUUUAGAACGUAAGCUUAAACGAAACCCAAAGAUGAUGGAAAACGUUACUAAGCAAAUAGAAGAAUACCAGAUGAAAGGAUAUGCCCGUCUCGCCACCGAAGGUGAAAUCAGAAACUCAGAUCCUCGGAAAACCUGGUACCUACCACUCGGCGUUGUAGUAAACCCCAAAAAGCCGGAGAAGAUUCGCAUGGUGUGGGACGCAGCUGCUACGGUUAAAGGUGUCUCGUUGAACAGCAUGCUUUUGAAAGGGCCAGAUCAACUAACAACACUACCCUGGGUCCUCUUCCGUUUCCGACAAUAUGCUGUGGCAGUCUCUGGUGAUAUAUCCGAGAUGUUCCACCAAAUCCGUAUUCGUCCCGAAGAUCAGCAAGCUCAGCGUUUUCUCUGGCGGACCAAUCCAAAUAAAGUUUUCGACGUUUUUGUUAUGCAGGUGGCCACUUUCGGUUCAACUUGCUCCCCAGCAUCUGCUCAAUUCAUAAAGAAUAAGAACGCACGAGAGUUUGCGGAUGUCUAUCCUCGAGCUGUUGAAGGAAUCAUCGACUGCCAUUACGUGGACGACUACGUCGAUAGCUUUGGGACAGAGGAAGAAGCUCAACGAGUUGCUCGAGAAGUCAAGGCCAUUCACGCGCGAGGAGGCUUCAACAUUCGUGGUUGGAGAUCCAAUAGCGUGAAAAUACUCCAAGGACUUGGAGAGGCAACAGAUCCUAAUCCCAAAGAACUAAACACACAGCACGGCAUCAUCGAGAGGGUUCUUGGAAUGCACUGGCUUCCCAAUGAAGAUACUCUGGCAUAUUCCACCAACUUUCAGCCACAAAUAAACGACAUUAUUUCAAACAGAAUGCGGCCAACGAAACGACAAGUACUGAAGUGCUUAAUGAGUGUAUUCGACCCUCUCGGUCUUCUAGCGGCCUUUGUCGUUCAAGGCAAAAUACUUCUCCAAGAUAUUUGGAGAGCCGGUACUCAAUGGGAUGAAGAAAUCAACGACCAAGUAUUCGAAAAAUGGACAAGAUGGAUAGAUCAGUUCCCACUUAUAGCAGACCUCCAGGUUCCAAGAUGCUACUAUCUAGAUGCUACUGAAACACUCUACAAUAAUCUUGAACUGCAUAUAUUUGCCGAUGCAAGCGAAGAUGCUUACGCAGCCGUAGCGUAUUUUCGUAUUUCCAUCAAUAGCAAGGAAUAUAAGUGCACUUUAGUUGCGUCAAAGACGAAGGUAGCUCCUCUACGACAUUGGUCGAUUCCCCGGCUUGAACUCCAAGCUGCUGUAUUAGCUGCGCGACUAGAAACGUUUAUUAAAGAAGGCCAUACAUUGCAAAUACAUCGUACGGUAUUUUGGUCGGAUUCGAGUACAGUACUAGCCUGGAUACGCUCGGACCAUCGAAGAUAUUCGUCGUUUGUGGCAUGUCGAGUAUCUGAAAUAUUAUCUACCACUUCUAUCGCUGAUUGGCGAUGGAUCUCAACGAAGAUGAACGUUGCUGACCUGGCCACAAAAUGGGGACAAGGUGGCCAACUGGAUGUGGAUGGUCCAUGGUUCAACGGACCGGAAUUCUUGAAAGAGGAAGAGGCAGAGUGGCCGCGUCCCAAGUCAAUACAACCAACUGUAGAAGAACAAAAAAUGUGUGGGGUCCAUCAAAGCCUAGAAAUUCCAGAUCCGCUGGUUGAUGUAUCCAGAUUUUCUAAGUGGGAGAGACUGACCAGAGCAAUGGCCUACGUAUUCCGAUAUUUCAACAACUGCAAGAAAACACGUUGCAAGAUCAGUAGUUUGUAUCCCACGCAAUCCGAGUUGAGGCUUGCCGAAGAUUACCUUUUCCGAAUGGUUCAACGAGAAGCUUUUCCAGACGAAGUUCACCAACUACUGGCACAAAUCAGCGAGCCGAAUAAGAAACAGGUCACCGUAGGAAAAGGCAGCAAACUGUAUAAGUUGUCACCUUACCUGGACGAGCACCAAGUUCUGCGAGUCGACGGGCGGAUUGGAGCGGCGGUUAAUGUGGACAACUGCAUCAAGUAUCCAGUGAUUCUCGCGAAACAACACCGUGUCAGCGAUUUGAUCAUCGAUUUUUAUCACCGUAAGUUCCAUCACGCUAAUUUCGAGACCGUGGUGAACGAAUUACGUCAGGUUUACCAUAUCCCACAAAUACGAUCCCGUGUGAAGCAGAUCGUGAAGCGUUGUCAGUACUGUAAAAUCAACAACGCUCGACCUCAAAUUCCAAGGAUGGCUCCUUUACCAGCGGCGAGGUUAGCAACGUGCACACGACCAUUCACUUUCGUUGGGUUGGAUUUGUUUGGUCCACUCCAGGUUAAAGUGGGUAGGAGCUCGGUUAAACGCUGGAUCGCGCUCUUCACCUGUUUAACAGUGCGCGCUGUCCACGUCGAAGUAGUAUUCAACCUAAGUACGGAGUCGUGUAUUAUGGCGGUUCGGAGGUUUGUUGGUAGGCGAGGAUCACCACUAGAAUUCUAUUCAGACAACGGCACCAACUUCCGGGGAGCCGAUAACGUGCUGCAGCAACAAGUGUCCAACAUCGAAGAAGGGCUGGCAUCUACGUUCACCAAUACUGCAACGAAAUGGGUGUUUAUACCACCCGGCACACCACACAUGGGCGGCGCUUGGGAGCGCAUGGUUCGUUCGGUGAAGAAGGCGAUGGAGACGAGCUCGAGGCUGAAGGAAUAG